AUGUCAGAGAAGAAUGUUGAUGAGGAUAAUUUGCCUGAAAAUGAAACAGAUGAGGUGGAACAGACAGACAGUGAGGAAAGAAAGGUGAGCGAAACUAUUUAUACUGUUGAGCCCGAUGAGGAGACUGAGCCCGAUGAGGGGACUGCUGUGAAGGUGUGGCCAUACUAUGAACCUCAAGAUGGGGAUGACAUGUGUACCAUCUGUGGCUUUCUGGCUAAAUGCCCGAGAGCCCUAAAGAUUCACACCACGAGAAAACAUGCAAAGAAAACGAACAAGAACACAAAGUCAGAGGAACAACCAGAACAAGAGGGAGAAACUCCCCCUGAUGUCAGUCCAGCUGAAACAUCACAGGAAGUUGGCCCUGGGGAAGAAAACCAUAUUGAGGUUAAUGAAAACCAGGAGUCAGAGCAGGUGUCCGUUCUCAAUGAGGUGAUAUCGGUGGCCAGAGAUCAUGGAAUAUAUACAAAGGGCUGUUCCAAGAGGGAGAGGGCAGCAACUAAAGAGCAGAUAGCUCAGGAAGAGGAGAACCCCAUCCAAGAGAGAAGAGUGAGCAAACGAAUCCCAAAGCCCAAGGUGAUUUACUCUUGCAACUACUGUGGGCAAGAGUUCAGGGACAAGCCCCUGUUAGAGGUGCAUAUCAAGAGACACCAUGCUAAAGACACCCCAUACAUAUUUGAUGUUGAUGAGAUCAUGGAUGAAGAGGAUGAAGCUGUGGUUCCUGCUAAUACCCCGAAGACUACACCAGCAAGGACGGCACCCAAACGCAUGCUCAGCAGAUUCCAUCUGAAGUGUGCGAGCUGCGAGUUCAGGGUUAGCACCCCAGCAUUGCUGGAGAGCCACGCCCGACUUAAACACACCGGCCAGGACUGGUACCAUUGCAAGCUGUGUCACUAUUACACUGCCACAGCUGAGUGGAUGAAAUUGCACCUGUCCUCAGAGAUCCACCAGCAGCGUGAAAUAGGUAAGACGCCCCCAGGAAAACUUCCUUUGUUUGAGGACUGCGUGGAGAAGGUGAACAGAGACACUGCCAGAGAUAGUGAUAGUGCCACCAUGGAAGAAGUGGCCCCACCACAAGGAGAUGGUGGAGAAGUGGCAUUGCUAUUGAUGGAGGGUGAUCAUGAAGCUGAGAAGGCAGUGGAGGCUGCAAAAACUGAGCUUACCCAGGGAGAGACAUUAGAUGAUACCCAACCUGCCAAGAAGAAAAGGGGGAGGCCAAAGCAGGUAACCACCACCACCUGUGGCUAUUGUGGCCUGGUAGUGUCCAAUGCCACUAAUCUUACUGUUCAUGUGCGCCGUAAACAUAGCAAGGACUAUGGCUACAACUGCACGCUCUGCAAUUACAGCUGUGUGACCAAAGGAGAUAUGGACCGCCACCGUAUCACAAAGAAACACGUGAAACGUGCAAAGGAGUCUUCCACCAAGAACCAAGUCAGCACUCGCACGGCUGCACCAGCCCAGAAAGCAGAGGCAUGCCCCGAAGAUACAGAUACAGAUGGAGAGUCUGGACCUGACAACUUAGGCUCCAAAAAAAAUGGUGCAGAAGACCAAUCUAAAUCAGACUCAAGCCCCCCAAAAAGUAAAUAUGAUUCUGUUAAUGCCUGCAGUCAUUGUGAUUUUGUAGCCCAUUCCAUUCCUUCACUUCAUCUUCAUGUGAAGCGAAAGCACACCAGAGACUUUGAAUUCGUAUGUCUAGCAUGUAACUACUAUGCCGUGACUACCAGGGAGAUGUCUCGCCAUGCCUCCACAGACAAGCACAAGCAAAAAAGCCAGAAAUACCUGGAGCCAGAGGGGAGUGCUGGGCAGAAAAUGCCUCAGCCUCCAGUGGCAGAGGCCAUGAAGCUAGAGGAUGAAGGGGGUACUGAUUCUAAUCCUGAUUCUGACCAGGUUCCCUCCAACAAUGUUCAAACAGAGAAGCCUUUAUCCAAUCCUGAUGACAGCCAAGAUAUUGAUGCUCAGAGUAAGACUGCAACCACCAUCCCCACAUUAGCUGUGGAUGCAGUUGCCAGAGAAGAUACAGCUGAAGCGGCCAUUAAUACUGGCAGUGUUGAGGCUCAGGCAAAGACAACAACCUACAGUGACGGGGAAUCAAAGCUAACCAACCAGCCUAUCCCACCGGUGACAGUGUCUGAGCAGCAGCCCCCUGAAGAGGAUCAAUCCAUAGAGCAGGGGAGCCUGAGUGAAGAGGACAGCACAGAGGUGGUCUCAGAGGUGGAUCUAGAGUUAGCAGAUGAGAGAGAAGAUGGCUGCUUUACAGACACCCAGAUGUUCAAGGCCCUACCCUUUGACGCCUGCAUUGUAUCUGUCAAGACCCUUGCUGAGCAGGAGCAGGCUCUGCUUGAAGGGAAGGUGGGGGAGGCUUCAAUCAUAUGUCUAACUGGCGGAGAGUCGGUUUUACCCAGCUUCCUCACCCCCUCUGCCCCAAGCCCGCACAUCAAAAAGGUUCGAUCCAAGGAGGUGAAAGUGAAGGAUGAGACCAAAAUUGCUCGUGUUCGCUGUGAGGACUGUGGUUUCCUGGCUGACGGCCUCAGCGGACUCAAUGUCCACACUGCCAUGAAACAUCCAUCCAAGGAGAAGCAUUUCCAUUGCAUGGUGUGUGGGAAGUCUUUCUAUAUGGAGAGUAACCUGCACCAGCACCUUACCAGUGCUGCCCACCUGCGCAAUGAGCAGAACUGUGUGGAGGAGCUGCCUGAGGGGGGGGCCACUUUCAAGUGUCUUAAAUGCACGGACCGCUUUGAAACGGAACAGGAUCUGUUUCUCCAUAUCAAGGAAAAACACGAGGAACUUUUGAGAGAAGUCAACAAGUAUGUGUUGGAGGACACAGAGCAGAUCAACCGCGAGCGGGAGGAGAACCAGGGCAGCGUGUGCAAAUACUGUGGCAAGGUGUGCAAGAGCAGCAACUCCAUGGCGUUCCUGGCCCACAUACGCACACACACUGGGUCCAAGCCCUUCAAGUGUAAGAUCUGCAACUUUGCUACAGCCCAGCUGGGGGACGCCAGGAACCACGUGAAGAGACACCUGGGCAUGAGGGAGUACAAGUGUGAAAUCUGCGGGUGA